ACAUCUGGAUGUGACAGAGCUCGGCUCGAGCGAUGGCUUCUGAGGUUGUGUGUGGGUUGAUCUUCAGAGUGCUGCUGCCUGUGUGUCUGGCGGCAGCAUGUCUGUUCAGAUACAACGCUCUGUCCUUCAUCUACCUCCUGCACCUACUGCUCAUCCCUCUCUUCCCCGAACCCUCCAGCGUGACCAUGCAAGGCCGCACGGGGCAUCUUCUGAAGUCUUUAUGUUUCUCCAGCAUGACCUUCCUCUUGUUCCACAUCAUCUAUCAAAUCACAAUCCACAGUUUGCUGGCUGGGAAGUCUAUUGAGCGUAGAUUCAACUGUUCAGUGUGGGAGAAAUCGAUACGGCAGAUCGGCUUUGAGAGUGUCAUCGGUGCAGACGCAGGCAAUGGCAUUCGGGUUUUCCUCCCGGACAUCGGCAUGUUUAUAGCGAGCCUGUCGGCCUGGAUGCUGUGCAGAAGUUUGGUGCACAAACGUCCCACGGAGGAGAUGGCCCAAGACAACCAUGACUUUGAUGCCGAAGAACAGGACGAGUGCGAUGAGAAGGUGGAACUGGAGGAAGAUGACAUGCUCAUGGAUGAAGACUUUGAUGCUGAAGAUGAAGCUGAGGAUGAGGAGGUGGAGGAUGAAGGGCUGGAUGAAGAAGAGGAGGAGGAGGAAGUUCAGGAGAGUGCAAAGAUGAAGGUUCUGCGUAUUGUAGCGGGAGUGGCAAGUAAAGUGAAAGAGAUCAUCGGUAACUUGAUAACAACAGCGGGACAAGUGGUGGUCACCAUUCUGCUGGGAUUAACAGGUAUCAUGCUUCCCUCUCUGACGUCUGCAGUCUACUUCUUUGUGUUUUUGGGUCUGUGCACGUGGUGGUCGUUCUGCCGGACCUUUGACACUCUUCUCUUCAGCUGUCUGUGUGUUCUCAUGGCCAUCUUCAGCGCUGGCCAUCUCAUCGUCCUUUAUUCUAACCAGUUCCAGUUCCUUCAGGAGGCCAUCAGACCCAACGACAGCUACAGCAGUGUGUUUGGUAUUUCCUCCAUCGUUCGAACGGACUGUUCCUCCACCUGGAAGCUUGCUGUGAAUGAUGGCCUGAAGUGGCAUCAUUUUGUCAAUCCCAUCAUGCUCUUGGUGCUGUACUACACACUGGCCACCUUGAUCCGUCUGUGGCUGCAAGACCCCAUGAUGGUGCAGGAGGAGAAUGAAGAGGAGGAGGAGGAGGAGGAGGAGGAGAAAGAGGAGAAAGAGGAGAAAGAGGGAAAUGAGGUCGUGGGCAACAAUGUGGCUCACACGUCCGACCGGAAGCGUCUGCUUUGGUGGAGAGGCCGUCAGAAAACAGAGGAAAGAAACCUUAUUUCCACUCAGGACGCUUACAGCACCUCAGAGGUUGUAAUUGUCACCUCCAAUGGAACAUCAUUUGACUGUUUGUCCGCCGUGCCCAUUGAGAACGGACCUGUGAGUCUGGACAGAUUCUCCACCCCACAGUAUAAAGUAAAUCAACACACAGAGUCUGGUGAGAAGACGGUUGUGUACACAGAUGAUGUUCUAGAUUCAGAACCUCAGAACUAUGAGCUGGAAGAGGAGGACGAGGAGAAGACCGAAGAGGAGGAAGAAGAAGAGGAGGAGGGCAGACCACCAGGAGCUCUCGUAAAAGUGUUCAAGUUCGUCAUGAAGCAAAGCUACAUCUGUGCUCUGAUCGCUAUGAUGGCGUGGAGUAUAACGUACAUCAGCUGGUUGACGUUCGUGUUUCUGCUGUGGUCGUGCACUCUGUGGAUGGUGCGAGACCGGAGGAAGUACGCCAUGUUGACCUCGCCCUUCAUGGUGGCUUACGGGAACUUUCUGCUGGUGCUUCAGUACAUCUGGAGUUUCGAGCAGAUAGAACCAGUGCCUGGAUUCUUCCGCAAGGCUGACAAGCCUGUCAGCGAACUCGGCACCAAAGUUCUGUGUCAGUUGAGUUUCUGGCUGCUGCUCAGACAGACGCUGAUGGAACGACGAGAGAAGAUGAAGGAGGACGAGCCUCUGUCUGAUGUUAAAGUAGAGGAGCAGAAGAAAGAUGAAGAGAAUGAGCAAGAGGAGGGUGAUGAGAACGACCUGAUGCAGGUGAUGGGGAAGCUGGUGAUGGCUCUGCUGGUCAAAUACUGGAUCUACAUCUGCGGAGGAAUGUUCUUCUUUGUCAGCUUUGAGGGAAAAAUGGUCAUGUACAAGAUCGUCUACAUGAUGAUGUUUCUUUUCUGCGUGGCCCUGUAUCAGGUUCAUUAUGAAUAUUGGCGCAGGAUCUUGAAGUAUUUCUGGAUGUCCGUGGUGGUCUACACCAUGCUAGUGCUCAUCCUGAUCUACACCUGUCAGUUUGAAAACGCCAUCGACACCUGGUCUAAAAUGACGAGAAUUUCACAAGAAGUACUAAAUGACAUUGGGCUGGUGAAGUACAACCUCUCUGAAUUAUUUACUCAAAUUUUCAUCCCCACGUCCUUUCUGCUGGUGUGUAUUUUACACCUGCAUUACUUCCACGAGCGUUUUCUUCAGCUCACCGAUCUCAAAGCUGUCGUCAGCAAAGAGGAGAGCACCAUAUACAGACUGGCUCAUCCAGACGGGAGUUUGGCAGAUCUUACGAUGGUGAGCACAUCUCCUGAACCUCUGCUGAAGGAAGCGCAGGAGAAAGACUCUGUCAGUGAGAUGCUGGUGGUGGAUUGUGUGGAUGAAGACAAGAAGAAAGAGUCUUUAUCUAUUCAUUCUGCUCAUCUGUCCAGUCAGGAGGAUCUUCAGCAGUCCAGCUCAGCUACAGAUCCAGAAGCGCCUUCAGAUCAGAGCUCAGAUCUGAAGAGUAAAUGGCAUCUGGUUGUGGACCGGCUCACAGUGUUGUUCCUCCGGUUUCUCGAGUACUUUCAUAAACUAAAGGUCUUCAUCUGGUGGCUUCUAGAGAUGCACAUCAUCAAGCUGGUAUCCACGUACAUCAUCGUCCUGUCUCUCAAAGAGGUCUCGCUGCUGAACUAUGUGUUUCUGAUCUCGUGGACGUACGCUCUGCCCUAUAAGCAGUUUCGGGUUCUGGCCUCGAGCGUUUGCACCGUGUGGACGUGUGUUGUCAUCGUCUGCAAGAUGUUUUAUCAGCUCGAAUCCAUCCAGCCUAAAAACUACUCAAGCUAUUGUACCAUGCCCCACAACUACACAGAGGAACAGCAGAAGAAGAUGAAAUCAUCGUUACUGUACAGCAUCGAUGGAGUGGACCCUGCCAACUGGGUCGGCCUUUACAAGAUUAAAGAUGCUUUACUGCCCAACCUGAGGAAUAACUUGUUGAUGUUGGCCAUCUUGGCCUUUGAGGUCACCAUUUACAGACACCAGGAGUUUUUCCGUCUGAGGAACAAACUUUCCCCUCCCCCCUCACGGACCAUCUUUCAUGACAUCACCCGGCAACACCUUGACAACGGGAUUGUGAAUUGUGCCAAAUAUUUCAUAAACUAUUUCUUCUACAAGUUUGGUCUGGAGGUGUGUUUUCUGUUGGCGAUAAACGUGAUGGGUCAGCGGAUGGAUUUUUACUCCAUGCUGCACGGCUUCGCUCUGGCUGUGGUCAUGUACAGACGCAGACGGAAAGCCAUCGCUGAGAUCUGGCCCAAAUACUGCUGUUUUCUCGCCUGCAUCAUCACAUUCCAAUAUUUUGUGUGUAUUGGAAUCCCACCAGCUGCUUGUAAAGAUUAUCCCUGGAGGUUUCCCGGCUCCAUGACGGAAUCUAAUGUGAUCAAAUGGCUCUUCCUCCCUGAUUUCCACACACAGCCCACCUCCAUUUUCCUCGUCUAUGAUUUCAUGCUCUUGCUGUGCGCGUCGCUGCAGAGGCAGGUGUUUGACGAGGAGAAUAAAGCAGCCGUUCGUCUGAUGGCGGGAGACAACGUUGAAAUCUGCAGAGACCUGGACGCCGCAUCGUUCAGCGUUCACAACCCCGUACCAGACUUCAUUCACUGCAGAUCGUAUCUGGACAUGUUCAAGGUCAUCAUGUUCAGCUAUCUGUUCUGGUUCGUCCUGACCAUCAUCUUCAUCACGGGAACCACUCGCAUCAGCAUCUUCUGCAUGGGAUACCUGGUGGCGUGUUUUUAUUUCCUGCUGUUCGGCGGGGAGCUUUUACUCAAGCCUAUCAAAGAGAUUCUGCGGUACUGGGACUUCCUCAUCGCUUACAACGUCUUCGUCAUCACCAUGAAGAACGUCUUAGCUAUUUUGGCGUGCGGUUAUAUCAAGUCUUUGAUGGAGAACAGCUGCUGGCUCAUUCAACUGCUCAGUUUAGCCUGCACCAUUAAAGAAUAUGAAGAUCUGCCAGUUCCAGAGGCAACAGAUAAGAAUAAAUGUGACCUGCCACAGGAUGAGGCCGGCAUCAUCUGGGACAGCAUCUGUUUUACCUUUCUGCUUCUGCAGAGACGCGUCUUCAUGAGCUACUACUUCCUACAUGUCAUCGCUGACAUCCGGGCAGGACAGAUACUCGCAUCCCGAGGAGCAGAGCUGUUUCAGGCCAGCAUCGUGAAGGCCGUCAGAGCUCGACUGGAGGAUGAGAAGAAAUCCAUGGAGCAGCUGAAGAGACAGAUGGAUCACAUCAAGAUGCGGCAGCAGAAGUUUAAGAGGGGGAAGGAGAAGAUGCUCAGCAUGACUCAAGAGUCUGGAGACGGACAGAAGCUGCUUCCACCCGAGCAGGAGGAGGAUGAUGAUGAUGAUGAUGACGAUGAGAGAAAGAGAAACAAGGUGAAUAAAAAGCAGUGGUGGAGGCCGUGGGUUGAUCAUGCGUCCAUGGUUAGAAGUGGUGAUUAUUACCUGUUUGAAACUGACAGUGAAGAGGAGGAGGAAGAGGACGCAGAGAAAGAGGACGAGGUGCCUAAGAAAUCUGCCUUCCAGCGAGCAAUCGGAAAGUUUGCUUCGGCCCUUGUGGCUUUACCCAAAUCUGUCAUUAAACUGCCCAAAACCAUCCUGCAGUAUAUUAUCAGGGCAGCCAAGUUUGUGUAUCACGCUUGGAUCACGGACUCUAAAACAGCUCUGAAAGAAAGAACUAAAGGAAGGAAAUAUUUCUGGAAGCGAUACGGCCGAGGUCACAGACAUAAGAAAGAUAAUAAAGACGGUCAUGUGGCAAUAGAGGUUGGUGAAGAAGAUGGUCAGAGUUCAGAAGAAGACAAAUCAAAUGGACCAGACAACAUCAUCAAGAGGGUUUUUAACAUCAUCAAGUUCACCUGGGUUCUCUUUCUCACCACCAUUGAGAGCAUCACCACAUGGCUGAACUCCGUCUGCAGAGAAUACAUUGACAUCUCCACCGUCCUGCGCAUCGAACGCUGCAUGUUAACCAGAGAAGUCAAAAAGGGAAACGUGCCGUCACGUGAGAGCAUUCAUGUGUACUAUCAGAAACAGAUGAAACUUAAUGUGUCUCGUGAAUCUGGACUGGAUUGCAUCAGCGAGGAGGAUUCAGGCUCGCAUAGAGUACGCCGCAGACAGGUCGGGCACAGUCUGGACUCAUUCGCGUCCCGGGACAGCAUCUCCAGCGCGUACACAGAGGCGACCAUGCUAUUUUCCCGUCAGUCCACACUUGAUGAUCUGGACGAUAUGCCUCAGAGUAUUCCCAAAACCAGCGAGCGUGCUCGUCCCAAACUGCGCAAAAUGUACGGCCUGGACAUGUCUAACUCCUCGGCGGACAGCGGGAGUAGCGUCAUCUCCAGUGAAGCCACUCAGUGCAUCACACUGUUCUCCCGGCAAGGCACCGACGACACCAUCGAUGAGGUGGACAACGAGCAAGACCGGAUGGACAAGAUGGAAAGGAACGAGGAAGAGGCGGAGCCUAGACAGCAACCCAUUGAGGAGGCGGAGCCAAGACAGCAACUGGGUGAGGGGGCGGAGCCUAGACAGCAUCCCAGUGAGGAGGUGGAGCCCAGACAGCGACCCGGUCAGGAGGCGGAGCCCAGACAGCAACCGGGUGAGGAGCCUAGACAGCCUCCCAGUGAGGAGGCAGAGCCCAGACAGCAACCCGGUCAGGAGGUGGAGCCUAGACAGCAACCCCAUGAGGAGGCAGGCUGUGAGGAAGUGACAGAGGAAGUAAGAGAGGAAUGCCUGUGGGGUCCAGCAGAGGCUGAGGAAGAAGGUGAAGAUGCUCAUGUCCUCCAGCCGGAGUGUAAGGUGCACGUAGAGGAAGAGCAGUUUGUUACUGAGGAUGAAGAUGCGGAACCAGCUCUCCAAAGGUACGAUUGUGAAUCGUCUGAAGCGGAGAACGCGUACACGGAUCCGCCCACCGGGCAGCUUUUUACCCCGGACACUGAAGCCCCCAACACCUCUGAUGCAGAUGUGCCGCCCAGUUACAGCAAAGCCGUGAGUUUCGACCGUCUGUCUGUGAGCUCAGAUGAAAGUGACAGUGAGAGGCGUCUGAUGCUCAUGACUCCUGACAGCAGAUCUGAUCUGGACGAUCCUCUUCUGCCUUCAACGACCACUGAGCUGACCGCCAGCGAGUUGCUGCUCAACAAAAUGUUUUAUGAUGAGGAACUGGAUAAAUCCGAGCGUUUCUAUAAAUCGCAGCCGCUGGGUCUGCAGUUGUGUUAUGCUCUUUAUAACCUGCUGGUGGCGCACUCAGAGAUGGUGUGUUUCCUGGUGAUCAUCCUCAAUCACAUGAUCUCGGCGUCAAUGGCGACGCUGGUGCUGCCCAUCCUCAUCUUUCUGUGGGCCAUGCUUUCUGUCCCACGACCUAGCAAACGCUUCUGGAUGACCGCCAUCGUGUACACAGAGGUGACUAUUGUCGUCAAAUAUUUCUUCCAGUUCAGCUUUUUUCCAUUUAACCAGAACCUGGAGUUGCACAAGUCGAAGCCGUACCACCCGCCCAAUAUCAUCGGUGUGGAGAAGAAAGACGGAUACGUGCACUAUGAUCUCAUCCAGCUGCUGGCUCUGUUCUUUCACAGAUCCAUACUGAAGUGUCACGGCCUGUGGGAUGAAGACGACCCUAAAAUGUCCCGGAAAGGAGGCGGUGUCCAUGGAGACGAGUCUGAGGAUGAGGGGAAAAUGACGGUGGCAGUUCCAUCUGAUGACGAGAAGAAGAGUUCUCCGGCAUACUCACUCAAGUCUGUGAACCUCGGGAUGUCCGUGGAUUCGUCGCAGGUGAACGUGCACAUACGUUAUCCAGAGCAGCGCGCGUAUUUGCGGCGUCAGAGCACCAGCGGAGGCUCCCACAUCUCCAGACGCUCCUCUACACGCUCCAAAAGAGGCAGCACGAGCACACGGAACAGCGGCCGGAGAGCACACAGUGAACCUGAAGUACCACAGAAGAGCCGAAAAGAGAUGAUCAUGGAGAAGACCAGAGAACUGCUCAUCAAAGCCAAAGUUUACCUGCUCAAGAAAUUGGUUGAGAUCUAUCAGCCCAUCGGUCAGUUCUUCUAUAAUCUGAUUCACCCCGAGUACAAUGCGGUGACAGACGUCUAUGUCAUCAUGUUUCUGGCUGACACUGUUGAUUUCAUCAUUAUUGUCUUUGGCUUUUGGGCAUUUGGGAAACAUCAGGGUGGUGAUAUCACCUCUUCAUUAUCUGAGGAUCAAGUGCCCGGCCCGUUUCUCGUCAUGGUUCUUAUUCAGUUUGGCACUAUGGUGGUGGAUCGUGCUCUUUACCUGCGGAAGACGGUGAUGGGAAAAGUGGUUUUCCAGGUCAUCCUGGUGUUUGGCAUCCACUUCUGGAUGUUUUUCAUCUUGCCGGGAAUCACGGAGAGGCGCUUCAGUCAGAACCGUAUAGCUCAGUUGUGGUACUUUGUGAAAUGUUUUUAUUUCGGACUCUCAGCGUAUCAGAUUCGCUGCGGCUAUCCUACGCGAAUACUGGGAAACUUCCUCACCAAGAGCUACAAUUAUGUCAACCUCUUCCUCUUCCAGGGGUUCCGUCUCAUCCCGUUCCUGACGGAGCUGCGAGCGGUGAUGGACUGGGUUUGGACAGAUACGACUCUCAGUCUGUCCAGCUGGAUCUGUGUGGAGGACAUCUACGCACACAUCUUCAUCCUGAAGUGCUGGAGAGAGUCUGAGAAGCGUUACCCUCAGCCCCGCGGGCAGAAGAAGAAGAAGGUGGUGAAGUAUGGAAUGGGAGGAAUGAUCGUCAUGCUUCUCAUCUGUAUCGUGUGGUUUCCACUGCUCUUCAUGUCUCUGGUCAAAUCUGUGGCUGGAGUGGUCAACACUCCGCUGGAUGUCUCUGUGACUCUCACGCUGGGCGGACUGCAGCCGAUCUUCACCAUGAGCGCUCAGCAGGCACAUCUCAAGAACAUCACAUUUGCUGAUUUUCUAAGAUUCCAAAGAGAUUACGGAAAUGAUGCGGAUGCCAUGCAGUUUCUGGAGACGUAUAUCUAUGAGGACCUGACAAUCGCAGAUAUAGAAGGAAGUUCCAACUCGCUUUGGACCAUCAGCCCUCCCAGCAGGAAAAACCUCAUCGAAAUGCUUCGAGACCCAAAUGAGCAGUUUCCUCUCACCAUCACCUGGUCCAUACAGAGGAAUCUCACUCUGGGCGCUAAAGCUGAGUUUGCCAUUGGAAAACACAUCAUACAACUAAACAACAAGACCAGACUGGAGUUGGGAAAAUUAUUGGAGGACAGUGCAAACAACAACGCUCAAAGUCAACCUGUACUCAUCGAAAAUAUUUUUCCAAGAUACAUCAGGGCACCAAGUGACUCCAAUACCAAACCUAUUGACCAGCUUUACAAAGGUGACCAUGACCAAUACAUGAACUUCACACUGUCUCUUAAAAAGUCAAGCAUGAACAGUUCCUCGGGUGUUCAGGAGUGGUGGAUCGUGAAUCAGACCGAAAAUGGGCCGAUACGUGUAGGGUCGAAAACAGAGCAUGACUCCUGUCUGGAGAUCUAUGUGUUCAGUGAUCAAGUCAGUCCACCCAGUCUGGGCUUUCUGGCAGGAUAUGGGAUCAUGGGACUGUACAUGUCGGUGGUUCUGGUUAUCGGAAAGUUCGUGCGAGAGUUCUUCAGCGGAAUCUCGCACACCAUCAUGUUCGAAGAGCUGCCCAACGUGGACCGCAUCCUCAAACUGUGCAAGGACAUCUUCUUGGUCCGAGAGACGGGUGAACUGGACCUGGAGGAGGACCUGUACUCUAAACUCAUCUUCCUGUACCGCUCUCCAGAAACCAUGAUCAAAUGGACCAGAGAGAAGACUAAGUGAGGGUUCUCAGGAUCUCAUUCUGUAAGCACACCGUUGGAUUGAACCGAGAAAACGCUGUUCUUACACGUGAUUGGAUAAAGACGCAAAGUGGGCGUGGUCCCUGCGGUUUUUAAAAGGGCUUCAUGUUUAUAAGUGAUGAAUUUUAUGGCUUCCAGGCAUGCGUCACUUUGAAUACCACCUUUCGUGCAUGCAGGAUGGACGGUUUAAAAUCCGCGUUCAAGAUGAGAAACAGAACGUACUUCAGAUUUUUAAAGAGCGCUUUUUCUGUGUUUGCCGAAAGCAAAACCAAAGCCCUCGGGGGUGCUGUGAAUCACAUGACAAUCUAUAUCUGCCUUAUUUUUAUUUGUACAAUCAAGUAAAUGCGUUAUUAUUCACUACCUUUCUCAGGAAUACACGCGGAUCAUGACGAAGAGACGUCAACGUUUUUCUCAAACAACGGAGAAAAGGGAUGUACUCGUGUGUAGGAACUUUGAGACUUUAAAGAUGUCAUACGUAAUUUAUGAAUACAGAUUUGAGACGAAAAGAGACUUGGUGUUUUAUAUCGCUUGAUGUAUAUUGACUUUUUUGGUCAUUUAUGGGAGAUCGAUGAUGCAUCACAGUAGUUGGACAGUUUGAGAUAUUCUGGUUUGUUAUUUUUAAAACAACGAGCAUCAGUCGGUUAAAACAGAAUUCUUUGCUUGUUGUUAAAAAAAAUGUUUUUAUGAAAUCUGUGUACGCGAGGCAAACAUCUUUUUUUCUUACUGCAAAAUGACUGAUUUACGCAGAAUUUUGUUCAGAAUGUGGUCAACGGGUCCCGUUCGUAAAAGACGAGCAGAACUAUGUUUUGUAUAUUUUGUAGGGCCGUCAAACCAUUAAUCACGAUUAAUCGCAUCCAGAAUAAAAGUUUGUGUUUACAAAAUAUAUGUCUGUGCACUGUGCAUACUAAUUUUGUAUUUAUAAACACAAAUGUAUAUAU